AUGCUUCUGCGGUCUUCUCAUGCAGUCCGACCAGCAUUAACUCGCUUCACCUUCUCUGGUGUUGUCAGUUGCCGUCACUUUACAGCAUCAAGCGUCGCAACCAAUCUAGACCAAUCUACCCUCCCCCCUCCACCACCUCCACCCCCACCUGCUCCACCAUUCCGCGGCUUUACAAAACUCAAUCACCGGUCACUGUUUGCCAUUGGUGGUCCCGACUCAUCCAAGUUCCUUAAUGGCAUUGUCACAAACAAAAUUGUAGACCCUGAGGAAGCCGAGUUUGACGACACAGAGCCCAUCUUUGCGGCGUUUCUCAACUCCAAAGGCCGUAUGCUGGCUGAGUCCUUCAUCUACCCGAUCCACAGUAAUACCCAUCUGCGAGAGUUGCUGACUCCGUUGCUACCACAAAUUAAAUCUCAUGGCAAGAUCGUCGAAGAUAAUGAGGCUGAGUAUCUUGUCGACUGUGACACGGAAAUGGCAAAACAACUCUUUACCAAUCUUAAGCUCUACAAACUACGCUCUCAAGUUUCCGUGGCACAGGUCCCGGCAACUACAAUAUCUCAGUGGGCCGUGUGGGAUGACACAUCUGUAGCCGAAGUAUUCCCUCUUGAAGAUGCUCGCAAUUUGGCUCUUUACAACCCUUCGACACACCACCAGGCUGGAUCAUUCCCCGAUGUGCGCAGCCCAGGGUUUGGUCUGCGACUAUUGUUACCAGGCGAUCUGACACCGCUUGAUGUUCUUUCAGAGAGCUUUGUUAAUGCUGGAACUGCUGUUGAGGGAGGAGCUGACGUUCCAGAGCUUAAGCUACAACAAACGACUCUUUCUUCAUACCAUAUUAGACGCAUUCUUUUUGGAAUCCCAGAAGGUGCUGCGGAACUCACACCUGCUCGUGCACUCCCCCUCGAAUCAUGCAUCGACUACAUGCAGGGGGUUAAUUUCAAUAAGGGCUGUUAUGUGGGCCAGGAGCUGACGAUUCGAUCGCAUCAUCAUGGUGUGGUACGCAAGCGAAUUAUUCCUGUGGUUCUUUACUCUCCCUCUAAAUCUUUAGCAGAGCAACAGCAGGAAGAAGAAGAGGAAGUCGAUCUAGCUUAUGAUCCCGAUUCCCCGAUCUCCAAAGUGGUCGAUACAUCACAGUGCCUCAUUGGUGGUAACAUUAUAGACGUCAAGCCUGCACCAUCUCCAGAAGAGUCUUCUGAUGCUACUGCUGCUGGGGCUACUGGGGGUGAUUCUGCCGACGCACCCCCGUCUCCAUUUUCCGGGGCUUCGCCGUUUGGUCCCCGAAAACCCCGACGAACAGCUUCACGUAAAACCGGUGCAUCUGGAGAAGCCGGUAGCAAUGGUGAUGAUGGUCUUGUUGCACGGUCGCGGCCUGUUGGGUCGAUUAUUUCAGCUGUGGGGAAUAUUGGUCUAGCCCUGGUGCGUCUGGAGCAGUUUGGUGCACCUGAUGCAAAGCUUGCUGUAAGUGUGCUUGAUCCAGUGACACAUGAGGCCCGGUACAUUCGGGUCCGUGGGUUCCAGCCAUUUUGGUGGCCUCAGGAGUAA